AUGGCAAUAUCUAAGUUAAUAGAGAUGAAUCAUCUAAUUCAAUAUCGUGCUGUACUUACACAAGAAAAUGUUGAUGAGAUUGCAGAGUUUGAUCCAGAUCUAGCCAAGAAAGCACAAAUAGCAUUAGAUGAGGGUUUAGCUGUAAACUUUCAAGAUUUAGAUUAUUUUUAUGAUAAAGAAUUAGUAAAUAAAUAUAAACAAGAAAAAAAAAUAUUAAAUAAAAUUAGACAAGAAAUAUUUAAUUCACCUAAAGGGGUUUAUAAUAUGCCUCCCUCUCUACAAGAAUACGAAAGACCUAUGGUAAGAAGGGUUUAG